AUGGACCAGCGAGGGGACAAUAAUCCGCAGCAGUUCCCUGAUCAAAACUAUCAGUUGCAGUCAGAUGAUCAAAUUUACGGCAAUUACCAACUCUGGGAGUGCGAUGAGAAUUUUACUGAACAGACCAACGACUUCGCAGGUCUUUUUCCCGCCGGAACUGAGCAGUCGUCGAACUCACAGUCUAACGCUCAUAAUUACCUGGAAACACCAGCAGACCAAGGUGUCGGAAGUAUGCAUGUCCAACAAAGCCAGUUCCUUCCAGUUUCCAGCCAACUUGCCAAUCCGCAGCCUGCUCAGUACGACGCUCCAGCGCAGCAACCAUACAAGAUCUUCCAAAACGUGUCAGAAAUGGAUGCCAAUCACGCUUCAAAUGUCGUGCCUGAGGAGCGUCAACAAAAUGAAGUUGCUUUGCAAGAACCUUCCCAGGAAUCUGAAUCUCAGCAGAUCUCGGAACCCGGGAUGACUGGUGCUGAGAAAAAUCCUCUUCCAGGACCUUCAUCAGAGGAAAGCAAAGGUCGGAAUUUGAAGAGAAAAAACGACCGCGCCAAGAAGGAAACCCAGGGAGCCAAACAUAAGAAAAAAUCUACUUCUACAGAGUCGGACUCGGACAAAAUCAAAUAUAAGAGUUCCGCGAGUGGUAACUGCGGCGAAUGCCCCAAGAGGGACUAUCAUGCUAAUAUUUACAUUCACUUUGAUGAGAAUCACAAAGAACUACAGCGGCAAAAGUGCACUGCACCUGGUUGCAAGAUUCAUUUCGGCUCAGACCAAAAGAGAAAAGAUCACGAGACAAACGAACAACAUGUUUGGAAGAUUUUCCACUGCCCACAUUGUUCUCAGUGGACAGGUCAAAAGUCUGAUUUGAAAACACAUAUUCUAGUGAGACAUUCGGAGAAGACAGUCAAAUGUGAAGAGCUGAACUGUAGCAGAAUGUUUGCUUUUGAUGCAGAUAUGAAACAGCAUUAUUUCAAAGACCACCACAAAAUGGUAAAAUGUCCCACAUGCGGAAAAGAAAUGACCGUAUCUGGAUUUAUAAAGCACAACUUUGAUGGAAGAUGUCCUGGAGCGGCUGAGUGA